AUGCAAACAAUUGUUUUGAGUUUGGUUGUUACUGAAGAAGCUGAAGAAAUGACGAGUUGUGAUCGUUCAACAAUGCCCGAAGACAGUGAUUCUGAUGGCUCAGAAGUCACUGCAAAUUCUACAGUUGAAAGUAACGAUGAGUCAUUGAGUGAUAACGUUGAAGUUGCAAAAGUUUUGGAUCACAAGUUUCAUUUGCCGAAAGAUCUCUGCGAGCAUUCUGAAAUAUUCAAAGAAUUCUUUUCUAUCGAUACAUGGAAUUUACUCUCAGGCAAUGAGAAAACCCACUUGUUGGACCUUUUGCCUGAAUUCCCUCAAAAUAAUGGUGAAGAACGCGAAAAGACAAUUGAAAUGCUUUUCGCAAAUACUCUCACGAGAUUCAAUCAAACACCACUUGAUGUGUUCCACAGUAAUCUUCAGGAUGGGAAUUAUCGUCCUGACAUUGCAUACUACAGAAGAAGUAUUCUUAAAGCUGAAGAAAGAGAGCAGCAAAUAAAGGAAUGUGAACGAAUAAGUUUAUUAGCCGAAAAACUUGUUUGCUCACGUGAGAAGCUACUGAGAAGUGCUUACAGAUGCCCACCAGGAUCAUUGCCUCAACUUCCACACUCAUCCUCAUCCGUCCCACGUCUUUCAUCAUCAUCAGCUGCUAUGCGAGCUAAUCGAAGAUAUUUUCAAGAAAUAUCAAAAAUUACUGAAGAACUUGGUGUGAAACUAUCUGACGAUGAAACCGUUCCUGAUGGAAUUAACGUCCAACUUACAAAGAAACAAAUAAAACAAUUCACUGAGCAGGGAAGUUUAAGUCCAGGAGCUGAACUUAGAAUUGUCGGCACAACUUCAACCAAAGAGAAAAACUGGGAUCAUUUAACAAGUCAUUCGAUAUCUGCUGAAAGAUACAAACAAAUGCUUCUAAGUUAUAAAAAACGAAAGUUAAUUGAACCGGAUCAUCCUGAGAUGGAAAUUGAUGAAAUUAAACUUAAGGAUAUCUUCAGUCGUACGCAAUUAACAGUAAAUCCAAAGAAGCUCAUGACAGGCAUUAACGCAUCAAAUUCAAGAAAAUCUCUUCUCAUGGAAUCAAAAAUGAAACAUGAUAAUCAAUAUUCAAUGAUGACGACAAAGUUCACCGGUUCAAGUUCAUCGACAAUGAUUGGAAAGAACUUAAAAAUGACAAAUAAAAACUCAGGAAAUCUCACAACAAAAAAAUAUGAAACUCAGAGUGAAACAGAUGAAGAAGAUUGGAUCAAAGCGAAUAUCAUAAAAGUUGAGCCAAAUGAUGAUCAACAAGUGAAAGGAUCACAAAAACUUCCAAUUCGUCAACAAAAAAUGUCUAAGACAAUUCAACAGCAGCAAUCGGGAAGAGUUCCAUUAAAACGUCCACGAUCGAGUACUGAAAACAGCAACACACAAAUAAGAGCAGGAAAGAAAAUUAUCAUUGACGCCGGAAAUGUCAUGAAAAGUUCGUUUGUUAAUAAAAACAAUUCACAAAUGAAGAAAAUUGUUAUAAAUCCACGACCAUUACCCCCACCUGUAGAUCCAAUGGACUUCAUUGAAAGUUGUGAUGAAGACGACAUUGACAAUUCACCCGAAUCACGUCACGAACUUCAAGCUUGCUUCUUAAGUCUCAUUCGUGAUAUUUUCUGUUCAACACGUGAUCAUCGAAUGAAAUUGGAAGAGUUGAGAAAUCGAACAAACAUUUGGUUAUCAAAUUCAAUCGCGCCAAUGAAUGAUUGGUUUACACAAGCGAAUGAUUGGGGCGGCUUAUUAAUAUCAGCUGUUCAUUUCUUAUCAGGAGAGUUCCAAGAUCAACCUGAAGAUUUCGUUCCAUAUCUUGAGUUUAAAUCGCAAUUAAAUAUUUAUCAAUGGAUUGGUGCUGGUCGUGAUUCGGACACAAGAAUGGUUUCACUUUAUCAAUAUUGGUUGAGUCGAAGACACGAGAUGGGAAUUAAAGCUGUGAAUGUGUUGAAGAAUAAAAAUCUUGGAAAGACGUUCAUAAGUCCGGAGAAGAAUGAAGAGAAUCACUUGCAGCAAGCUGUGUCACCUCCGAAUGAUCGUUGUCGAACGGAGUGGAAAGUUCAAACAGCGAGUGAAAGUGAAAUUCGAGAAUUUCAAGAACAAGAACGUCAAAGAUAUGAAAAUCCGCAUCUUCCUUUUACAUAUCGUCAACAUGGUUAUGAAAGUGUUGUUGGUCCGUUGAAAGGAAUUUAUUCACAAUCGCCAGCGGCUUCAAAAGCACGCGAUCACAACACGCUCAUCGCUGAACGUCCAAACUUUGUCACAAUUCUUGCUUUAGUUCGUGAUGCUGCUGCACGAUUACCAAAUGGUGAAGGAACACGCUGGGACAUUUGCGAGUUAUUAAAAUCAAGUCAAUAUAUUGCUUCGGGAAUAUCUGACGUGAUUAUUCAAUCAAUUGUUAGCAGUGCUUUAGAUAGAAUGCACACCGAACAAGAUCCAUGCAUAAAAUACGACACGAAGCGUAAAUUGUGGAUUUAUGUUCAUCGAAAUCGAAGUGAAAUGGACUUUGAGCGAAUUCAUCAGCAACAACAACAAAUCUUUAAUAAGCAGAAGAAGCCAGUUUUUAAGAAAGCAACGAAGCUUGAUGGGCAACAACAACAGAUGAUGAUAAUUCCGUCAUCAGCAAUGCGUUGUGCUGUGGUUUCAUCGCCCAAUCUCGCAAUUCGAACUUAUCAAACGAAAGGAAUGACAACAACGACAGCUGCUUGUGUUAAGCCAAUUCAAUCAUUGACGACAUUUGAUAAGCAGAAUAAGAGUCAAAUAUCACCGCCGCCUUUGAAGAUCUCACCGAAACGUUACAUCAAAAGUGUGACUGGAAAUGAUCAAGCGAUCGAUGUUGAAGCAUCACUUGACGCACACACAACGCCAAUUGUUAAGACUUCUGAUGUUAAGGGAAGAUUAUCGUUGAAAAAUGCUUCGCCAAUUCGUUUUGCGACGUCGACAUCGAUUAUUGGUUCUUAUCAAUCAUCUCCAGUAAAUAGUAGUGGACAACAAUCUUUGAUAAUAAAUUCAAACCGUUCUCAAUCACCUAAAGUCACUUCAAUUAUAGGAACAAAGAAAGUUGGUACAAGUCCGUUGAUUGUCAAUCAAACACCUCAAUCGUCAAGUUAUUUAAUUCCGAUGAAACAGCAGAAUGAACCACCAGCACUUUCUGUGGCAGGAAAAUCACCAUCGACAUCAGUUAUUCAACAAAAGAAUUUAAUUAAAGUGAAUACAAGUGGUGGGAAGAAUAUUAUAAGCCCACAACAUCCACAGAAAAUUAUUCUAACAUCAUCAGCAUUACAAAAUCAAAAAGGUGGAAAAAUCAUCAGCGCAGUUGGCAUUCAGAAGAAUCAAACGUCGCCUGUUACGAUGCUUUCGCAACAGAAACAAAUUCUGACGAAUGUUAUUGUUCAACAACAGAAAGCGAAAGGACAACAAAAUCAAAUCAUUGCGACAAACAAUCAACAACAAAAACUGAUGCCUGGUUUGACUAUUUCGUCUGCCUCUCCAAACACUUCGCAAUCUCAACUUUUUCAAAUUCAACAAUCGUCGUCAGAUGGGAAGAUUACGACAGUUUCACCAGCUAAUCUUACACCGCAACAACGGCAGACAAUCUUCCAAUCGUUGAAGCAAUUCAAAGCUGGUGGAAAUCAACAAACGAUGAUUGUUAAGCCGCAUGUGAUGAAGACGAAUGAAGUUCCAACUCCACCGCUUGUGAGUGUCAGUGGAAGUGUCGGAAAAGUCAUGAAGUCAGGAAUGACAACAAUGAUUCAACAACCACCGCAAGUUAUUGUCUCGAUGGCACCAAAAAGUGGGGAAAGCGGAAAUUCAUCUGUAAUGGCUCGCGUUGUGUCGAGUGGUGGACGCCAAUUAAUGGACGGAGUUUUAACAAAACCAGGAACAACGUUUAAGAUAACUGGAGCUAAUACCGCUGGUCAAUCGGGAUUACUUCAACUUUCAGCAUCAUCAGGUUCACAAGUCACACAAUAUGCGGUGGUGUCGAAAGGAAAAAAUAUUAUUUCACUUAAUAAUCAAACUAAAAUGAUAACAACACAAGCACAAUCAAGUCCAACACAAUUAACAGUGAAUAGUUCAUCUCCAUCGAAUGUUUCUCCUUCCAUAUCACAGCAAUCGAAUCAAUCAUCGCCAGGACAUCAACAACAACAGCAACAAAUCAAAAUUGUUCCAGGUGGUUCAAUAACAGCACAACAAUUGAUUGGUGCUAAGCUUAUUAAUGUUCAAUCAUUGGCAAACAAAGGAAUUAAGACGACAGGAGGAAUCAAGAUGAUAAAUUCGCCGAACUACAUCGCAAAUAUUGGUGGAAAGCCUUUGAUUAUAGCAAAUAAAGCGAAUACAUCAACAAGUGGUAACACCAAUAGUCAGGGCGGUCUUAUGUUGCAAACAAAUAAUGCUUCUAACGGUGCUUUCAUUCUUAACUCACAAGGACAACCAUUGAAAGUUCAAGGAAAUAUUUUAACUCAAGGCAACAUAAACCAACCAAACACUUCACAACCACAAACUGUCAUGUUGGGAAAUCAAAUUGUUAAAGUUCAAUCGUUGCAACAGAUUCAACAGAAAGUAAAUAAUCAGACAAGUUCAACCACAACAAAUGCCGUCGAUGGACAGCGUCCAAUCAUCUUAGGAUCGACUAUUAAAGUACUGAAAAAUGUGAUAAAAUCGAAUAAUCAACCACAACAACAAACAAAUCGUGUAGUUUUAGCAGCACCAGGAACUCAAAGUGGCCAAUUUGCACAACAAAUUAUUCUGCCGGCAAACUUUCAAGGUUUGAAGACACUUCAGGGAUUAAAAGUUAUUCAAGGAUCGCAAGGAUCCUCAGAUCGUGUGUUUGCCGCUCGUCUCAUGACUUCAAGCAACACUAAUAACAAUAAUAAUAAUCCAGGUGGUAGUAGCAAUGCAAAUAGUAAAACCAGCAACGUUACAAGCUCACAAGAAGAAGUUAAAGAAUAAACAUAAAUAUCAUCGAACAAAUCCAUCAAACAUGGACCAUAAAUUAUUCAUUUAAGAAAUUUUUCUUUCUCAUUGUAUAAGAUAUUUAACAUAAAAUUGUUUCUCAGUUUAAAGCAUGUUUAGAAUAUUAAUUAAUUCAUUAGUUUUAAUUGUUUAUUGAUUAUUGAAAUAAUUUCUUUUAAUUUGAUUUUUGUUUCUUUCUUCUUGAAAAAAUGAGUAAUUUCUUGUUGAUGAUUAUUUUGUAUGACUAAAGAUUAGGAAAAGAAAUAAAGUUGGCUAUUUCAUGAACAGAAGUUUAUUGAAAAUUUUGAAUAUUCAAU